GCCGCCAUGGCGGGCCCGGGGCCCGGCCGCGGCCGCUGUGCCCAGGCGCUGCAGCGGCGCUGCCCGCAGGGGCCCGCGGGGGAUUGCCUCUCAGGAGCAUUGCAUACCAAAUGUAAAAGCAGAAACUCCCUAGUUUACAAAGAGUCAGAAUUUACUGAAGCUGGAAGAGAGAAGAGCAUCAGAUCUAGUGAUUUCCAGAAAAGUUUGAAAAACUGGGAUUGUUUUGAUGAUGAGCAAGAUUAUUUUUGUGGUUCAAGUGGUCUAGACAUAGAAGAAAACAGCAUUAUUUGCUCUGAAACUGAUGCCAUUCAAAAUACAGCUAUAUUCACGGGAACAGGCCUCACUUUACCAUCUCAUUUGGCUGCAAAUACUCAAGAAAAUACAGACCAAAUUAUCAACCAUGGUUUGUUAAAGAAAAUUGUGCAUGGAACUGGUGCUCAGGCAUGCAAUAGGCAAGGUUUAAUACCACCUUACAUCAGUCAGAUUUAUGAUGAAUUAUUUGUCAUACAUCAGAAGCUCCAGAGAGAAAGUUCAGCACAGCAGGAGUAUGCUCUGCAACUGCAGAAACGAGAGCGUUGUCUAACAGAACAAGAAACAUUGUUUUUUCAACAUGAAGCAGCUUUGGCUAAAAUAAGAGGUGUUGAGGAAGAAGUUCACACAAAAAUUGCAGCUCUAAAAGAGCAACAUGAGGCAGAAGUUAAGCAGCUGACAGAAGCCUUGAGAGAAAUAACUAAAGAAAAUAGGAGGCUGAAGUCAUCAUAUGACAGCUUGAGGGAUGUGAAUGACUCUUUAAGAAAGCAGUUAAGUGAUGUAACUGAGUUGAACAAGAAGUUGGAAGGUCAAGCACGAAAAGCAAAAGCUCGUUUAGAAAAUCUACAAAGGAAGCAUGAAUUUUCAAAGGUAUGGAAAUCUAAUGAUUUGUGUCAAGUGAUGAAAGAAGACAAACCUGUGAAGCAGGAAAAAGUGAUGGCAAAAUCAAGAACUGCUACGCUACCAUUGAAUUCACAAGUCUAUGAGCUCUUAACUUAUCUUAUGGAUUGGAUCUCUGACCAGCAUCUUAGCAAAAUAAAAACAGAAGAGAGAGAGGACAGUCAUAAACCUAGGGUUACCCAGAGCUCAAAGAAUUCCUGUACUCAGGAAAAGUGUAUGAAGCUUUUGCCUAUAGCUGCUGAGCAACUCCAGUGGAUGCCAUAUGUGAAUCCUAAACUGCACGUGCCUGUGAUUAAAUUUAUAUACUGGUCUAUAAGACAGUUAGACACUGAUACACAGCAGCACACAGCAAUGAAAUCAACCAUGAGGAGACUUGGUGAAGAUAUCUUCAAAGGCAUAGUGAGUAAGGGAAACCCACACAGUUCUUCUGAACAGCCUACAGAAAGUAAAUCAAAGUCAGCAGCUUUCUUCAAGAGUUUCUGUAUGCCUCUGAGGUUUCUGUCAACUUUGAUUGUGCUUAAAACAGUGAAACAAGUGGAUUACCUGGCUCAGGCAUUUGAGUCCCUUCGCGCAGACUUGAAGACAGAUGAAGGGAAGGCAUUAUUUUUGGAAUACCAAUGUGUGCCUGUCAUAUUAAGUCACCUAAAAGUAUCCAGUACAAGUCUGCUUUCCAGGGCUCUUGAUGGAUUACUUCAGAUGACCAUGGAAUCUGGUAAAUAUUGUUGUAGCAUGAAACAGUGGUUUCCAGGGCAUCUUCAUACUCCAGAGCUCCCUCCCUAAGAAUACAAAUGUCUUUCCUCAGCAGACCUUGUUUCUAGGACAGUAGUUGCAGCACACUGUUCAAGAGAAUUCCUGGAUACCAGACUUGAAACAUUUUCUGGAAACAAUCUAGUAAUAAGUAGCAUGAUCUCAUCAAGAAAAUUUGUUCUGUGAGUGUUGAAGAGCAUCACAUCAUUGCUAUUAAAUCACCUUGUAGCUGAAUACUUGUCAUAUGCAAUCUUGUUCAGUAAUGUUCUUCCUGUCUUCUCACACAGCUUACUGUGUUUAUUUUAAACUUGUAAAUCACUUAAAAGGGUUUCAAAUGACGUAGUGAGUUUAUAUUCACCUAUCAAAAAUACCAUUGUUAACUGAAGUCUGGGUCAUGCCUGAUUUGGAAACUGUUGACAGAGAGCUCCCUGCCUCAGUUUCACAUUUUGCACUUUUAUACAAAGACAUCAUAUGUCUUAAAUUCCUCCUGCAGUGGUAUCUGACUGUGUCAGGUAGGUUAGUACAUUCCCCUUUUUCAACCUUAAGUUCAUUCAAUGAAAUCAAAAUUUGCCUGCUGACUGGACAUUACAAAACACUGGCAUUUGCUUUAAAUAAAACUUAAAUGUACUUUGUCUUCAAGCUUUUUUCUGUUUUGCAGAGAGUAUAUUUUAUAUUACUAUGUACUUAUUCACAAAUUAAAAUGAGAGCACCUUCAAAAAAAAAACCAUCAAAAUUAUGCUCUCAAGUUUACUGUAAGUUAUGGCACAUUCUGGUAGGGUUUAAGUGUGAUUUCUUAACCAUAUUGACAUAACUGAAGAAUUUUAAAAGCUGCAAAAGUGAGCUGUAUUUACAUAUUCACUGAACCUUACUUUUAAUUUUAAUUUUUUUUCCGAAGAAAAUAUUAUGGUCAUGGAUAAUCAAGUCUGUGUCCAGAUGUAGUCUCAUAGGGAAGUUAAUGAAGCCAGUGAAGAUAAAAAGAUUUUCUCCAUAGUAAGAAGCUGUGCUUCUUUAAAUGUAAACUGAAGUCUUCUUACAUUGACCAUCUACAGGACACUUCCUUUUUCCUUUUUGCUGGAAUGCUUCUGUAACUGAUCCUAGGAAUUCUACAAUGUGCACUGUUCUGUGGGUACUUCUAAAAAGUCAACGGUCAGAAUUCGCCAAGAAAACUCAAACCUACCCCUUUAUGUUUCCUUUUGAGUCUUAGCAUUUUGAGACUUUGCAGACUACAAGCAGUUGAGGCAUGGAGUAAAAAAUGCCCAUAUGCCUAAACAGAUUAAAAUUCAACAUUUUCCAGCAUAUUAUCUUCACUGGUAACUUUGCAGGAUUGCAGCUUUUCAAGUGAGUUUAUUCUGCAGCACUGGAAGGAUAAAAAUGUCAAGUUGGUGAAUAUUGUACUAAGGUAGGAUUCCCCUCACCUGUGUGAAAAGCAGAUGUGAAAUUGUCCUGAGGACUUGUGUUUUGAAGCUAUAGUGAUAGAAAUGAUUUACAGCUUACAUGGCAUGAAUACUGAAAUACAAAUCAUUUGAAAGGAAAUCUUUCCUCUAUUAUCCUAUCUUACCUUUGUAAUUUUUAUUCAUUCUUCUGAAAACAGUGGAUAAUUGUGUUGGAUUAAUAGAUGUUUUAGUUUAUAUUUUAACCACAGAUAAGGAUGUCUAACUCUGUUAAAUGCAGACUAGAUAAUGCUAGCAUCCACCUAUAUGUGCUGAAAGCAAACAAGUACACCAAAACUUUGCACACAUUUUUGUUAAUUCAAUUAAAAUUUAGUUUGAAUACUUUGAUUUUGAUGAAAUUAAUUUAGUAUGAAGUACCCUUCUCUAAUAGCAAAUAACAUCUGUGUUAUUAUUUUCUCCCUCUUCUAGUAACAGUCAUGUAAUGCUUAGCCAUUCUGAAUUUUGGACCCCUGUCUCAUCUACUCCAAAACAAUAAAUAGAAGGAGCCAUUAAAUAUAAAGUUAUGUAGAGCCAAGUAGCCAUUUCAGAAGUAAAGUUUCACUGUUCAUUUUGGGUAAUCAUGUGGUUCUUAAGCAGCAUAUCAUUUUGAAGGUAGAUGUGAAUGUUAACUUUUAAAAAUUAUUUUAUGUUAAAAAGAGUUGGUUAUAUCAGUAUUUGGAUAUACACAUCCCCUUUCCA